AUGCAUAUAAACGACUGGAAUAGCGGUUCGGAAAAUCAACAUGUUUCCCUAAAAGCUGUUUUUGUACUUCUCGCCGUUGGGCUUCAAAAGCCAAACCCGAAGUCCAAGGCAAAGGACCAUCAAGAUGCCUUGUCAAAGCGACUUGCACUUUGGAAGGACGGUGAGAUCAGUAAGCUAAUACGUGAGGGACGAAUCAUACAAAGUCGUACUGGAAAAUUUAAAGGAUCAAACCACCCCGAUAAAGCUAAAGUCUUUGCUAAGCUCGUGCUAGAAGGUCAAAUCAACUCAGCCCUUCGUUUCCUGAGUGAAACCUCAAAUGGCGGCGUGUUAACGUUAACUGACGACGUAAUGACGCAAUUAAAACAGAAGCAUCCUGAGCCACAACCAGCAAAGCUCGGAUCGGUAUUAUUUGGGCCGCUCAAUGACGAGAUACCCGAAUCUAUUUACUCACAGAUCAAUGGUGAGAUGGUUAGACAAGCCGCUUUGAGAACAAAGGGAUCCGGAGGCCCGUCUGGUGUCGAUGCUAACGGCUUUAGAAGAAUGUUGGCAU